AUGGGUGUCGACAGCUGGAUGUGGGACAUUGACCAGCACCUCUCCCUUGUCCUCGGACAAUGGAACGGCUACACCACAACAAUCUUUACCCUUCUCCUCGGCAUUUGGACAUGGGCCCUCUUCACUCGCAAGGAGCCCGACACGCACCCGAUGCUGCUGGCCCGACAGGCCCAGUCUUCGCCUGUCCGGCAACCCGGCCAGUCGUCCGUCUAUCGUUGUCAUGCAGCACCACAUGGCAUGCCUCUCAACAGCGGGCUCAACGUCAAGGACCCCGGUGCUUCCAAGUGGGCCAAGGGUCGGGAUGGUGAUCUGCGAGACAUUUGGAGGCGUGCUGUAGCUGGCGUUCCCGAGGGUGAAGGUAAUACCGGCGGCAAGGGGAAGCUGUUGACGGUCCAUGGUGACAAGGUGCACGAGCAAAACCUCGACGACGUCACUCGCCAGAUCAACAUCAUCGGCCAGCACAUCCUUGACCAGGGCGGCAACCGUGUGGCCAUCUACCUCCCCAACUCGGUUGAGCUUCUCGCUGCUCUCUUUGCUUGCGCCUUCCACAACCUGACCGCCAUUAUUUUGCCCGUUGAACAACCAGAGGAUGUCGUCAUCUCGAUGCUCCGCCGUUCGGCUGCAGACACCGUCAUCGCCCUCCCGGGCGCCUUUCCCUUCGAUCUCGUCGUCAAGAACUAUCCCUCGCUCCGUAAUGUCAUCUGGGUCGUAGACGAGGGAAACCGCCACCUCGACUGGAAUGAGGUACCCAAGGGCAUGGGCGGAGCCGUCAACGUCGCCACGUGGCAUGACCUCAUCGCCGAGGCUCCCCAAGACGCCGGCAAGGAGUUGCCUCCGACCGAAGGCCAGAAGGACCCACGAGACGUGACGGUAUUUUGGCAGAACAAAACCGGCGAGACGGAAGAGAUGGUUCGCUUUACGACCGCGAACCUCGUUGCCGCCGUUUCGGCUCAGAUCUUUGCCGUGCCCACGUCCCAGCGCCUCGGUCCCUCGGAUCUGUUCCUCCCCGCUGCCCCGCUCUCGGACGUUUAUACUUUGACCCUGACUCUUGCGGCACUCUAUUCCAAUAGCUCGGUCGCCCUGAACUCUGUUGCGGGACGGUCACGGGACCUGCAGAUGGCAACCCGCGGCAUCUCGCCGACCGUCAUAGUCGCUACCCCUGAGACGCUGCUCCAGACCCGCGCCGAGGCGGCCGACUCUCUCAAGUCUUUCAUCGCAAGGACGGUGCACGGCUUCCAGACCCGCAGUCUCCAGAAUGGUAUCAUGCCUGCCUCUUCGCUGUUGACUUCGUUCAACGACAGUCUCCGUCCCGCAAUCGGCCGAACUCCGGGCAAGCUGCGAUUGAUCUUUGUGGCCGAGCGCGUCGGCGCCGGCACGCCGCCCCUGUCAUCGGCUGCACUGUCUGACUUGAGGAUCCUGACUGGCGCGAGGGUUGUGUACGCUCUCACUGCGGCCAAGGUUGCGGGUGCCAUUGCGCAGACGAGCUUUUACGACUACAGGAUCAGUAAGGACGAGGGCGAGAAGGGGUGCUCGCACUUUGGGCCGCCCAUGACGAGCACCGAGAUUAUGUUGAAGGAUAAGGGGGUGCACAAGACCACGGACGACAAGAUCGAAGGCGAGAUCAUUGUUCGUGGGCCGUCUGUCGCCGGUAACGAGGCUGCUCUAGGUGUUGUCGGUAGGAUCUUGGACGACAACACGCUUGCAUAUGUCUAA